AUGAUUCGCAGAGAGCAUUUUAUUACUCAAGGGUAUCUUGGUUAUAGUACUCUUUUAAGUCGUGAGGAUGAAGGAUAUACGAUAUAUAAACGUAUGCUUCUUAUUAAAAUUGUAAGAUUCAUGCUUAAUCUUCGUUACUCUAGUUUGCUGAUAUCACAUUAUGGUGAUGUAAUUAAAGAAGUAUAUCUACCACAUGUAUUUAUUGUCUAUGUGGCCAUACAGUCAGGAAUAAAUAUAAUUGGUAGCUUCACCGAUCAAUUGUACUUCCCUAUUUUGUUUAAAUUACGAAAAUCAAUCAAAAUUUCGAUAAUCUACUGGUAA